GGCCAUAGGUGUCAGAGUGGUCAUGUGAUCGCGUAAUGCGCGACCCGGGAUUCGUCUACCAUGCUGUCUCCUUGGGUGCUGCGAGCAGCGUGGGGGUGUCAUGUCUGCCGGCUGAGCGCCUUGUCCAGGGCCACAGGAUCCCGCCGGGUUGCUGUAAUAACUCCCCGCUCCUCGUUCAAUGAGCGAUCCCGGCCGGUGCCAGGGGCCCGCACCCUGUUUGUGGGGUCUCCAUGCAGCAAGGGGAAGCAUAGCGGCUACUCCGGGGGCUGGGAUGACAGAGACCCCAUUAACUGGCAGACUGAGGAGGAGGAAUGGGAGGACAGUGAGGGUAUCGAGGACCUCAUGAUCCCACACUCCACCUCCCUUAUUCAUGAGACCCAGCAUGUUUUUAUUGUACACCCGGACGUGAAGUGGGGACCAAAAAAGCAGUAUACAACCACUGCUGACCUACAGAUGGCUGAAGCUGCUGCUCUGGUACACAGUCUUCCAAACUGGACACUAGUGGAUAAAUUGAUCUUGUCUACAAAAUCCCCUGAUGGCAAACUAAUAUUUGGCAAAGGCAACUUCAAAGUUCUUACAGAGAUUAUCCAAGGACUGCCUCAGAUUACUGCAGUUUUUAUAAACGUUGAAAGACUUUCUCCUUUGACAGAGAAAGAAUUGGAAGCAGCCUGGGGAGUGAAGGUGUUAGACAGAUAUAAAGUUGUUCUUAACAUUUUCCGUUACAAUGCCCGGACAAGAGAGGCCAAGCUGCAGAUCGCUCUGGCUGAACUUCCACUGCUAAGGGCUUGUCUAAGAAAUGAGACUGCUCACUUGGAUCAACAAGGUGGUGGAUCAAGAUAUAUCAUGGGUUCAGGUGAAACCUUCCUAGAAGUCCAACAGAGGUUGUUGAAGGACAGAGAGAGGAGGAUUGGAAUUGCACUGGAGAAGCUAAGAAAAACUAGAAACCUGCUAAGAACUCAGCGUCGUCGCAGAGAGUUUCCCAUCAUCUCUGUAAUGGGUUAUACUAAUUGUGGGAAAACCACUUUAAUUAAAGCUUUGACAGGAAAUGUAGACCUCCAACCCCGUGACCAGCUCUUUGCCACGCUUGAUGUUACAACCCACGGUGGCUUACUUCCCUGCCGUAUGCCUGUUAUUUAUGUUGACACCAUUGGAUUUCUCUCACAGCUCCCACAUGAUCUCAUUGAGUCUUUCUCUGCCACACUGGAAGAUGUAGCAUAUUCGGAUUUAUUAGUCCACGUGAGAGAUAUUAGCCAUCCAGAAGCUGACAAUCAGAAGGCCAGUGUCUUGACGGUUCUGGACAAGCUGAAAGUUCCUCAACUGCUUCUUGACACAAUGAUUGAGGUUCAUAACAAAAUUGACCUAUUGGAAAAUCACGAGGCUGAUAAAGCUGUAGUUCCUGUAUCUGCUCUAUAUGGCUUUGGUUUGGAGGAUUUGAAGAGGAAAAUAGAAGCUGUAGUGUUAGAAAGCACUGGACGAAUUCUUCUGAAUAUAAAAGUUGACCUAGAGAGUCCACAGUUGAGUUGGCUACAUAAAGAGGCAUCAGUGCAAGCAAUGAAAGUAUUUGCAGAAAGUGGGACAGCUAGUGUGCGAGUUAUUAUAACGAAGGCUGCAUAUGGAAGAUAUAUCAAGUUGUUCUGCAAAUUAAGUUGAUUGCAUGUAAUGCAAGGAUUUAUAUCUGCUGGGAUGAAAGCCAAAAGAUUAUGUCCUCUUGUAGGACCAUUGAAAGAUGUUUCCUGCUGAGACUUAACCCCUUUUAUAUACAAAGGGACUAAAUAAUCACUGCUUUGCAAAGCAUGUAGACAAGCGAAGUGUCUACUUGCGGGGCAGAUCAGUAUGUUUAUGAAUUCCUACAUGGUUUAGGUGCACUUUAUUGUGGAUGAAUAAAAUAAAUUGAACCCAUUUGGUUCUUUAAAAUGCAAUAAGAAUGAGGAUUUGUUUUUGGAAUUCAUCAUUCUCAAAUAUAAAAGUGUUUA